AUGGCUGUAAUGAGCAACGACAGCAAAUUAUCGUCAUUUAUCGCACAGAAUGCCAAUUUCUCUGAUGUUCUUCAUUCAGUAAAAACUUGGACAUCAGAAGAAAGAAAUGGUAAUAAAAACGAUAAUCGAGAUGUUUUGGAACGAGAAAUUGCUAGAGAAACCGUUACACCGCCACCAAUCCUCGACCUUUAUAGUCGUGAUGAGCCAAAUGAAACUUGUGUAACGCCCGAUUCAGCUGACUGCUUCGAUGAAGAUAUGUCUGCUCCAGCAAUCCUUUUCAAUGAAGUGGCAUCCGUUUUUCUUCAAAACGAUGUUCCACCGAAUCUUCUGCCUAGCGAGGCUGCUUUAUCUGCUUUUGAAAAUGAUUCAAUUUUUAUGGAUUCGGGUGAAAAUUCUUCAGUUUUGUCUCAGUGCUCAAAAAAUAUGGUUUCUUUUUAUCCUGAUGAUCAAAGUGUUCCAGUUAUAACUGAAAGUGAGGGUGAAAAGUCAGAAGAUGCAUCCACUGUUCACGUGGAAUCAACAGUAAAGAGAAAUAAUUCGGGAAGAAAGCGUAAUCAUCGUAAUGUCGAUGUUACAGUGUUGCGGCGUUCUUCUCGUAAAAGUAUCCCUACAUUAAGAAAAGACCAUUUUUAUGAUUAUUCAAGAAAUGGCAUCAGAUUUGGAAUUUCAAAAAAUAAAAAAGAUGUGAAAUCAUUGCCUUCACUUGCUUCUCUAGAAAAAUGCGAUGCUGGUUCGAGCGGAGCGAAACAAAUGGAUGAAGAAAAAGAAGAGGGAUAUUAUAUUGGACCAGAAUAUCAAGCUGUUUGUCCGGAAUAUAUUUCCGAAUCCUGCAGUGGUGAUAUGCAAGAUAGAGAUGUAACUUUAUGGAAAAGUGAUUGUGGUAAACUUAAUACAAACGAUUUAGGCCAAGUUUUAGAAGUGGCGCGCAAGCAAUAUAUGCUUGAAUAUGACAAGACUUAUGAAUUAAUUUAUCAAUAUAAUAUGGAUCUACCGCAAGUAUUGGUGCAUAUAGAGAAUCACUUACCGGAACGAGAAAAAGAGUUUUGCAAGAUGGAAAAAAGGGCUUACCAGCGACAUAUUACGAGAAAGACAAAAAAUUUUACCGGAUUGCAUAAAGCGUUACAACAGAAACGUUCAAUGCUUUCGAUAAUCAAUUAUUACUAUAAAACUAAGAAAUUCACUUGUUUCGGCAAAGUUUCCAAUGUAAUUUGUCCAGAUGCAGCGAAUAUGUAUGAUGAAGAACCAGUUAUAAAUCGGAGAAUGUGUUAUAACUGCACAAUUACACGAGGAACUGGGCUGCACGAUCCCAUACAACAAUACUGUGAUGUUUGUAAACUCUACUCUAAGCUUACGCGGAAACUUCGUCCUAUAUUAUAUCCGGUUGAAGAAAAAACAGCGGAUUGCGAAGAAGGCAUGGAAAGAAAAAUGUUCAGUGUUUUAUCAACAAGCUCGAACGAUAAAUCUCACAGAUGUUCUUACUAUACCAAAGAGUUGACGGAAAAACGAUGGGAAGUUUUCGAUAUUCAGUUUUGUAACGAGAAAAAUAUGUUUGAUAUAUUACAAGGGUUUCUUAUAUAUGGUAGUAAUUUCCAAGCGAUUGCUGAUCACCUAAAGAAGUCUGUCUCAUACGUAGAAAAUUUUUAUAAUUGUCAUGCAAUAUCAAAACGCCUCGAUUAUCUUAUUAGUCGGCACAAUAAGCAAGUCCGUGCAGUCGUAAAGAGGUUGACUUCAAAGCAAAAUAGUCUAAAUCCUAAUUCAAGCCAGAUAAAUAUGGAAAAGCAAGAGGAGGGCCAAGAAGUGAAGAAGAAAAUAGUAAAAGCAAGACGAAAGCGUAAAGCAUUAAAUCGAUUAUAUGAAACGAGAUCGAAAAAAGCUAAAUUCAGUAACUGGGAAAGAUGCGAAGUUACUCUUGUUCCAAGCGAAGAUCAUUCUUAUGGAAAUUUGGAAGUUCCAGUCCCAGAAUCAAUGAAUGAGCCAUCAGAAGUGCAGUCGAAUUUUACAAGAGAAAACAAACAAUAUAAUAAUCCUUUUCACGAAAGCCUUUUCGAAAAAAAUGAAGUUAGCAAAAGUUCAGAAUCUGAGAUAUCUGACGAAAAUACUGCAGAAGAUUCACCGCCUUAUUUUUAUCCUCAAGAAUUUUGA